UUUAAUCAGAGAAGCAGAGUUGGUCCUUGCGAACAUGGAGAAUCAUCUCGCGAUCCUGGCGUUGUUCCUGGGCUUGUGCAUGUCACAGCUCGGGGGUUCGGCGGCCCAGCAGUACUGGACGCCGGCCAACGCGACGUUUUAUGGCGGCGGCGACGCGUCCGGCACAAUGGGUGGAUCGUGCGGUUACGGCAACCUGUACGACGCCGGGUACGGGACCAGCUCGACGGCGCUGAGCACGACGCUGUACGGCGACGGCAAGUCGUGCGGCGCGUGCUACGUCAUCACCUGCGACGCCUACCACACGCAGUCGUGCAAGCCGGGGACGUCCAUCACCGUCACGGCCACCAACUUCUGCCCGCCCAACUGGUCGCAGCCAAGCGACAACGGCGGCUGGUGCAACCCGCCGCGGCAGCACUUCGACAUGUCCCAGCCCGCCUGGGAGACCAUCGCCGACUACCAGGCCGGCUUCGUGCCCAUCAAGUACGCCAGGACGGCGUGCCCGCGGAGGAACGGCGGCAUCCGCUUCUCCAUCACCGGCCAUGACUACUUCGAUCUGGUCCUCAUCAGCAACGUCGGCGGAAGCGGCGCCGUGUCGGCGGCGUGGGUGAAGGGCUCCAACACGGACUGGCUGCCCAUGAGCCGCAACUGGGGCUCUAACUGGCAGAGCAACGGCUACCUCACCGGCCAGAGCCUGUCGUUCCAGGUGCAGACGGACGACGGCAGGUCCGUCACGGCGUACAACGUGGCGCCGGCAUACUGGAAGUUCGGCGACACUUACACGUCUUCCGUCAACUUCUACUAGCCGAGCAUAUGCGCGCUAGCCUUGUACACUAGUCCAGACAUCUGCCGUCGCUAGUGCACGUCCACAUAUUGUUUGUAGCUUGUAAGUUAUUUUUUAUGUGAAUUUAAUUUUAAAAUUUUACAAAUUACACACACCGUCAAUACAUCUCUUAUUCUUUCUCUUUUCUUCACAUCAACCAAAUUCUUAUGUGAUAUCCGCAUCACUUACAAAUAGCUGAUGUGGCCUUGAAACACACCAGGGCGAUGUCUCAUCCCACACAAACUUUCAACCACCGCCACACCACCUUAGGCACCUCCUCUCUCCUCAACAUCCG